AUGAUGGUGGUGAAGAAGAAGAAGAAGAAGGAAAAGAAAAAAGAGGGAGAGGGAGGAGAGGGGGGCGAGGAGGGGCCUUUUAUACGAGGUUUCGAACGAAGGGGCUCUGUCCAAUCAGGCAAGGGUCUGCCUCCUCCAGCAGCGGCUUCACGGCGUCCUGCUGCCGGCCACCGCGCUGUCCUGUCCGUCCUGAGCCAGCUGGGCAGUGACAAGAGUGUUUCUACCUGCCAGCCAACCCCCUUGAGGCCGUGUCCUAUACUCGAGGCUCGUCAGAGACUUCUCGAGGCCUUCCUGACCUGUCCCCGAGCUGCACCAGGCACUCUAGCCGCCAAUCUGCCUGGGGAUACCCCAUAUAAGCUACAAACUAUUCGUUUAAACGGCUGUUUCUACUCUCUUUACUGUAGCUUUACAUCGUCUUCCUCCCCUAAGCAUGCUGCCCUUGAAAUGUACAUUUUCUCUGCUCCUACCGACUCAAUUGCUCGAUCCCAGCUUAUUUGUGUCUCUCUCUCCCCGCCAGACAUGUAA